ACACAACGAGUCAUUAUUGCGAUACAGUUGUCGCAUCCGAGUGGAUCCAUUUUUCUCGCGUUACGAAAAUCCCAUUUUUGGGAAAUUGAGUUGCUUACGUGAAACGAUCCGUUCAAGUGACUGGAGAAGAGUUGAUUUUUCUUUCUGGUGCAUUCAAGUGACGUUUGAUGUAAGUGCAGUUUCGUUGAAUCGUGCUCUAAUUUAGUGCUUUGGAGAAAAUCAAGACGAUAUCUUUAGGUUGAUAGUGCAGUAGCACGUAAUCUAGCGUGGUUAGAGGCAGUGUGGGAAAGUCUCGACUGUGAGAAGAAAUCAAUCUGCCAUACGGCAGUGGGAGACUAGUGGAUCAUAGAUAUAGAUAUUGGAAACUCUGGGAGAGUGGCGAAGGAAAAAUUGAUUUAAUAUAAUACAAGGCAAGAAAGCUGCUUUUGUGGUGUGGAUUGUGAAUUUAAACGUGGAUAUUAUCAAGUGCAUUAGGGAUUUAUGAUUUUACGUGAUUCAGUUCAAUAAUUUGGAUAUAUAUUUUGAACAUCUGGAAACCUGUUCCCUCAGUUCUAAUAGUUUAACAUCGCCAUCGUCGACCAGCCGGACGUUCUAGCGGAAACGAAGAAAGUGCUUCAAAUCAGUCAACAUGAAUCGAUCGUCACGCGAUUACCGUUGUGCGUAGAAAUCUCUCUCCAGACCGUGGAGGGAGAUAAUAUGAUUUUGGAGGUUUGGUCCCUCAGUGUACAGGCGGACCAGUGCGACCCGGCGUCGCGAACUACACACUCGGUGUACAAUCGUAUGGGACUAUUGUUGAAGUCUUUGCUUUCGGUUACACGGUCAACUCCCGCGUACAAACUUUCCCGUCGGCAGAGUGCGGAUUCGUAUCAAAUUUUCUAUCGGAUAUAUAUUGGCGAGCCGCAGACCCAUCAGUUGGGCGAUGGUCACAAGCAGAUACGCGUCGGACAGUUGUGCACCCAAAUUGGAACGCUAGCCAUGGCAGUAGCCUACCGAACCAAGAUGACUAUCUCGCCCACGCAAACCGGACGGGACAACACAAUUAUGCUGAAGAGUGACCACUUCCUCAAGGAUAUCAGCCCCAAGCACAUCCGGUACAACUUCAACAAGAAAAAUGAAAAGAAAAUGAUCGACAUGGACAAACCGAUGCGAUGCGGUGCCUUCGUGGACCCAUCGCGAGUCAAGCUUCCGUACACCGGCGACGACUACAUUCUCAAGGAGACGCCACCCUUCCAUUGGUUGCUCCCGAAGCCCAAGGACGACACAAGUUCCCUCAAGAGUGGCACCGAUGAGGACCGGCAGUCAAUCAAUUCGCCAACCGCCCCAUCGGGACCGGUGGCAUCCGACGAGAACUUGUCCUCCAACGCAAACAACCUCAACAACGUGAACAACAACAGCCAGAACAGUCAGAAGGGAUCGCUUGAAUCGACGGUAGUCGCGGCCCCCGUGAACUUCCGGUUGUCACAGUCACCCAAGAGCGGCGACUCGAACCUCACUGCCGGGGUGGUGGUAGCAGGAGCCACCGGUACGACGACAGGAUCCAACUCCGGUUCGCCACCGCCCUCGUUGACCGGCGAGUUCCGGAGGUCGUCGCGGUGGUCCAUCCGGGACACGGCAGCCGAGAACGAACGGUUGCUCAAAGAACUGCACUUCCCCUUCGCCGCAUCCAACUCGCCCAUCGGUGACCUGGCCAAGUUCUUACGCGACUGCUCCAACCCACCGCCCCUGCAGGAGUUCAACCAGCUGUCGAACGUGAUUUCCAACGUCGACGACGAAGAGGCCCCGAAUGCCGACGACGGUGGCCGGAUAUUGGCCGGUGCCGAUGAGGAUGAAGACAUCGACGACGUGACGCGACAGCUGGAACAGUUCGAAACCAGUUUGCCGGAGUUCGAAACGCUGGUGACGUCCCUCUGCCAGACGGUGGACAGCAAUUCCAACAGCUAAAAGCCUCGGAACGGACCAGCAGAGCUUCUUCUUCGUUCCGGGUCUCGCGAGAGACGUUGUUGACCUGUUGAUUCUAGUGCAGUGGGGCGGGUAUAUUAUUGCAGUUUUUCUUAGUCGUUUAAGAGAGAACAGUCUGAUUGAUGAUAUUCAUCUAUAAACCAUUUUUUAUUUUUAACUUGAUUUUUUCGUAGGCUUAGGAGAUACGGUAGCUUAGCGGCUAAAAUAUGAUAAGGACAAUUAUAUCAUUUUCAGUUUUUGGGACAGGUAAAUUGUGUAUUAUAGUUAACCGAUCGAGGGGAGUAGAUAGCGUAGGGAGAGCGAGAAGAGUUACUAAAUGCUGUAAAUACUUUGGAGAGGGCUUUUUAUUCGUUAGAAAGACGUGGGACGUGGAUCAUGCGAGGGAAAACGAAAGAAAGGAUUUACAAAAGAUAGUACACAAUAUUUAAGAGAAAAGAAACAAAGUUCCUUAUCUUCAUUGCUUUACUUCAUUCUAGAAUUGGCCUUUUACUCUGUUUUCAUUGUCCUUAAAAUAUUGAGUAAUUAGAACCUUUCUUAACAUUUUCUCUGAGUCAUAGCUGUAAAUAGUAAAGCAAACCCGAGAGCAUAUUCGAUUCACUCGUUUGUCGAUUCAUCGUUGACGAUUCAAAUUUCAGUUUCGCUGAUGCUGGUUGGCAGAUUUAGCAUCUGAUGACUUCUUUGCCAAUUCGGCGUCUGUUCCAAACCGUUACUUGAAAGACUCUACAAAAGAAUUAGUCGAUGCUGCUCUUCGUAAUCAAAUGUAAGCUUAAGCCUAAAGAAUCAGUUAUUUGAUGUUUUAUAAGACGCAGAGCAUAUUUUAAAUCUUAACUUUAUUUUAUAAUCAAACAAGUAAAAGUAGCAAAUAAGCAGGGCUUAAUCGCUUUACAGCCAUUGUUUUUUAAACCCUUUUCUUUAGCCGCCUAAAUCUAUUCUUUUCUAUGUCCAUCAACCAAAAUUUGCACUUAGCACAGUCUCAUUAUCUUAUAAUCCUCACUCCAUUCAAAGACUGAAUGUAAAAGUUUCCAUUUAUCGAUAAAAUUCAGUUUCUUUCCAAACCUCUAGAAGAACGAUCGAGGGAGAAUUAAUCAAACCAUUUAUACUACGAUUCAGAUGAUCGGCAGCAAACCAUCGACCGCUAGUAGAGGUCAUGGCCACCGAUCAAAUGGAAACGAUUGUUAAUGCACUGUUGCUCACUGAAGAUUCGAAAUUUAUUUGUCGCAUAGCUCAACGGUAAUAUGACAAUUUAUGUCACCAUACUAUUCUAUUCAGAAAUUAUCUAAAACGAAAGACCUGCAACAGAACGGCGCAGGAUAUAGUGCUUUAUAAUCAUCAGUAGCGAGAGCGAGUAUCGUUUAGUCGCAUAUUGAAACAUAUACAUGUAGAGAUCAUCCAAUCUAAAAUCGAAAAUCGCAAACAUUUAUCCAUCAGAGUAAUUUCAUAGGUUUUUGUUUCCCGUACCAAUCACACCCGGACAGAAUUGAAUAAAAGCAGAUUGUUUAUUGUGUAAU